AUGCCCCGCCAGCACGCGGGCGGAGAGGAGGGCGGCGCCGCCGGGCUCUGGGUGAGGAGCGGUGCGGCGGCGGCGGCGGGCUGGGGGCGCGCGGGCUGCGGCAUGAAGGAUGUGGAGUCGGGCCGGGCCAGGGCGCUGCUGAACUCGGCGGCCGCCGGGGGCGACGGGCUGCUGCUGCUGGGCACCCGCGCGGCCGCGCUGGGCGGCGGCGGCGGCGGCCUGCGGGAGAGCCGGCGGGGCAAGCAGGGCGCCCGGAUGAGCCUGCUGGGGAAGCCGCUCUCCUACAGCAGCGGCCAGAGCUGCCGGCGUAACGUCAAGUACCGGCGGCUGCAGAACUACCUGUACAACGUGCUGGAGAGACCCCGCGGCUGGGCGUUCGUCUACCACGCUUUCGUUUUCCUCCUUGUCUUUGGUUGCUUGAUUUUGUCAGUGUUUUCCACCAUCCCCGAGCACACAAAGUUGGCCUCAAGUUGCCUCUUGAUUCUGGAGUUUGUGAUGAUCGUCGUCUUUGGUUUGGAGUUCAUCAUUCGAAUCUGGUCUGCAGGCUGCUGUUGCCGGUACAGAGGAUGGCAAGGAAGACUGAGAUUUGCCCGGAAGCCCUUCUGUGUUAUAGAUACCAUCGUCCUCAUCGCCUCCAUAGCAGUAGUUUCUGCCAAAACUCAGGGUAACAUCUUCGCCACGUCGGCGCUGCGCAGCCUGCGCUUCCUGCAGAUCCUGCGCAUGGUGCGCAUGGACAGGCGCGGCGGCACCUGGAAGCUGCUGGGCUCCGUGGUCUACGCGCACAGCAAGGAAUUAAUUACAGCUUGGUACAUAGGAUUUUUGGUUCUGAUUUUUUCGUCUUUCCUUGUCUACCUGGUGGAAAAGGAUGCCAAUAAGGAAUUCUCUACAUACGCGGACGCACUCUGGUGGGGCACGAUAACAUUGACCACAAUCGGCUAUGGAGACAAAACCCCCCUGACCUGGCUGGGAAGGCUGCUCUCUGCAGGCUUUGCACUCCUGGGCAUUUCUUUCUUUGCACUUCCUGCUGGCAUUCUUGGCUCAGGUUUUGCAUUAAAAGUACAAGAACAGCACCGCCAGAAGCACUUUGAGAAAAGAAGGAACCCAGCUGCCAGCCUCAUCCAGUGCGUUUGGCGUAGUUAUGCAGCUGACGAGAAAUCUGUCUCCGUUGCAACCUGGAAGCCGCACCUGAAGGCCUUGCACACCUGCAGCCCCACCAAGAAAGAGCAAGGGGAAGCGUCAAGCAGCCAGAAGCUCAGCUUCAAGGAGCGCGUACGCAUGGCGAGCCCGCGGGGCCAGAGCGUCAAGAGCAGGCAGGCCUCGCUGGGCGACAGGCGGUCCCCCAGCACGGACAUCACCACCGAGGGCAGCCCCACCAAAGUGCAGAAGAGCUGGAGCUUCAACGACCGCACCCGCUUCCGGCCCUCGCUGCGGCUCAAGAGCUCCCAGCCCAAGCCGGUGGCAGAUGCUGACACGGCGCUUGGCACCGAUGACGUGUAUGAUGACAAAGGAUGCCAGUGUGACGUGUCUGUGGAGGACCUCACCCCACCACUGAAAACUGUCAUUCGGGCGAUCAGAAUUAUGAAGUUUCACGUUGCAAAACGGAAGUUUAAGGAAACAUUGCGCCCGUAUGACGUAAAAGACGUCAUCGAACAGUAUUCUGCUGGUCACCUGGACAUGCUGUGCAGAAUUAAAAGCCUGCAAACACGUGUGGAUCAAAUUCUUGGAAAAGGGCAAAUCACAUCAGAUAAGAAGAGCAGAGAGAAAAUAACCGCAGAACAUGAGACCACAGAUGACCUCAGCAUGCUUGGCCGAGUGGUCAAGGUUGAAAAACAGGUCCAGUCCAUCGAGGCCAAGCUGGACUGCCUGCUGGACAUCUACCAGCAGGCCCUGCGGAAAGGCUCCACGUCGGCCCUCGCGCUGGCCCCCCUGCAGACCCCGCCUUUCGACUGUCAGCAGACCUCGGACUAUCAGAGCCUGGCCCCGCCCGGCAGCCGCCUGCCCCGCUCGGCCAGCGCGGGCCUGACUCGGGGCCUGCAGCUCAUCCUCGCGCCCGGCGAGCUGGGCGCGCAGACCUUGUAUGCGCUGAGCCCCACGGCGGCCCAGGGGCCCGGAAGCCCGGGGGACGGUCCAGCGGCGGCGGGGGUGGGCGCAGCCCGGCCAGCGGCUCCCGCCACCUUGCAAAUCCCGGCCCCGCUACCCGCCCUGGGGGCCCUGGUCCCCGGCCCCGCGGGCCCGCACGAAGGCCUCCCCGACGUCUCCGCCCGCCUCGAGGCCGCCAAGGAGCGUGCACUGCGCCAGAGCCUCGACCUGGACGGCGCGGCCCUGCUGUCCGUCCGGCCCGCGGCGGCCCAGGACCGGGGCAAGUCGGCGUCGGUGCAGAACCUGAUCCGGUCCGCGGAGGACCUGGACGUGCCGCUGUCGGGGAGCGAGUCCAGCGGCUCCAGGGGCAGCCAAGAUUUUUACCCCAAAUGGAGGGAAUCCAAAUUGUUUAUAACUGAUGAGGAGGCGGGUCCGGAGGAGACCGGGUCGGACGCCUUGGACGCGGGGCCGCCGGCCCGGGAACCCGCCCUGGCGUCGGACUGUCUCAGGACUGGACGAUCCCGAUCAUCUCGGAGCGCGGGCCCGGUGGCGGGAGCUGCGGAGGCCCUCGGCCGGGCCCACGCCAGGCUGAAAUGA